UUCCGUCUCUAACGCAUUUAAGCAUUGAAUGCGCGAAUAUUGUGGAUUCCUUCGCUUCUGACACUUCCCUUAAUUUACCAAUUAAGCGCCUGAGGUUAAUAGCCAGAGCCAGAAGAGUCCAAUUAAUUCUAUUACCAGCGGCACUUCGUGCAUCUUCAUUGACUGUGACUAAGAAGUGUGACUCGAGCGCUGCAGUCGUUACCUAAGGCUCUUCGACACCCUAUCGAGCGCCAUAUCGGGGCUGAUUUGUCGUUAUCAGCGCCAACUAUUAUCUCGGCGUAUUGGUUGGAGUGGAAAGUGUGCUAAAGUGUGCAUUCUCUCCAAAUUCACACGAUAUUAAAGGUCACCACGCCAAACAAGUGUCUUUAUCCCCACAUUUUUCCCCCAAAGAGAGAGAGAGAGAGUUUGAGAGAACAGGUGAAAGCUUAAGAAAUGGCAACGAAUUUGCGACCUCUGAAGAUCACAACGGUCGGCGAUGGAAUGGUGGGAAAAACUUGUCUCCUAAUAACCUACACGCAGAACGAGUUUCCGGUGGAAUAUGUGCCGACCGUCUUCGACAACCACGCUUGCAAUCUGGAAGUGGACGGCAAAAUGUACAGCCUCACGCUCUGGGACACAGCUGGUCAGGAGGACUACGAGAGACUGCGGCCGCUUAGCUACCCGAAUACGGACUGCUUCCUGCUAUGCUACUCUAUAGAGGGACGCACGAGCUAUGAGAACGUGAUGUCCAAGUGGUAUCCGGAAAUCCGACACUACUCGCCAAGCGUGCCCAUAGUAUUAAUUGGAACCAAAAUGGACUUGCGGACGCCGGGCUCGGAGAAGUUCCUCACGUUCGCGGACGGCAAGAAGCUGAAGUCGAAGAUCCGCGCGUACUCGUUCAUCGAGUGCAGCGCCAAGAAGAACAAGAACCUGGACAGCGUGUUCACGGAGGCCGUGCGCGCGGUGGAGCAGAAGCCUCGCGUGAGCCAACGCCUCUGCACGCUCCUCUAGGGAGCCGCCAGGGGGCGUUCUAACGCACACUUUUCUACAAAAAAACAAACCAUACAAUCUUCUUAGAUAGAUAAUAACUAGUGCUGGUUUAGAUGACAAAGUUUUUGUGCCAAUAUGACAAAUAUUGACGCUGAGAUGAAGAGAAUUAAAUUCCUAGUCAAU